AUAAAAAACAAACUUUUAAACUCUAAUCUUCUUACCAAACACAUUUUUGUUCUUGAAAUGGAUUUUUAAGUCUAAUUUUUCAAGUGUUUCUCAUUAAAAAGAUUCUAGUUUAAUUUUCAAUUUCUACAUUUUUUACUUGAAAUUUAAACUUAAAAAUCCAUUUCAAGAACACACUACACAGAUUGCCACACUCCCAUGAGUUGACUGACUAACAAACCAUCUCCCGCGAUGCCUCUGUCUCAUAUAUCAAACAACCUUCGCCUUCGCAAUCUUUUCAUCUUAUUCAGAAAAGAAUUUACAUUCGUCGCAUUCGCUUUAUUCCUUCUCUUCGCUUUCACUUUUUUCACCCGAUCCAAUCCACACUCUAACUUUCAUGAUGAGUCUCACUCCAAUUCCAUCCUCAUUCCAUUCACCCCUCUUACCAACUUCAAACAAAUUGGCGCACUUUGCUUGGAUGGCAGUGCUCCUGGUUACCAUUUCCAAAAGGGUUUUGGAUCCGGAUCUCAUAAUUGGUUGCUUCACGUUGAGGGAGGAGGGUGGUGCAAUUCAAUAGCGUCGUGUUCUUAUAGAAAAAUGACUGCUUUGGGAUCAUCCAAGUAUAUGGAUACAUCGGUUCCUUUUUCAGGGAUACUAAGCUCUGUUCCUUCUCAAAAUCCUGAUUUCUUUAACUGGAACAAGGUGAAGAUGCGCUAUUGUGAUGGUGCAUCCUUUGCUGGUCACCCAGAAAGUGAGCAGAAAGGAAGUGGGUUGUUCUUCAGAGGCCAGAUCAUAUGGGAAGCUAUUAUGAAUGAACUAUUAUCAAUUGGAAUGUCUAAAGCGAAACAGGCUCUGUUGUCAGGAUGCUCUGCUGGAGGAUUGGCAACUCUUAUACAUUGUGAUAACUUCCGACAAUUACUUCCAAAGGAGGCCACUGUCAAGUGUCUCGCGGAUGCAGGCUUCUUCCUUGAUGAGAAGGAUAUUAUCGGAAAUAGCACAAUGAGAUCUUUCUAUCAUGAUGUUGUUCAGCUCCAGGGUGUUGAAAAAAGUUUGCACAAAGAGUGCCUUGCUAAAUUGGAACCAUCUAAGUGUCUCUUUCCAUCAGAAAUUCUGAAAAAUGUAAAGACUCCUGUUUUCCUUGUUCAUCCGGCUUAUGAUUUUUGGCAGAUACACAAUAUUUUGGUACCUCAAGGAUCAGAUCCCCGUCGUCGCUGGAAAAAAUGCAGAUUGAACAUUCACAGUUGUGAUGCUAACCUGAUUCGCACACUUGACAGUUUCCGUAGUUCUUUGCUGAAGACUGUGAAUGAAUUCCAGCAACGGAAGGAUAUUGGAAUGUUUAUAGAUUCCUGCUUUAUCCAUUGCCAGACUUGGAUGGGAGAGACAUGGCAUUCACCCACUUCUCCAAAAAUCAAGGAUAAGACAAUUGCUGAAUCUGUUGCCGAUUGGUUCUUUGAUCGACAAGUGGUAAAUCUUAUCGACUGCCCUUAUCCAUGUAAUCCUACUUGUCAUAAUAUGGAUUUCAGCAGAGUAUAAUCAAGCAAAGUAUCCCGGCAAUUUCCAUUGCUUGUUUUAUCAUGGAUCUGUAUUUGUCAAAAUUCACGGACAAAUAUCAACUUGAAUAGUCUACAUCUCUCUCCAUCCUCUUAAUCUCACUUCAUUAUUUUUUAAUAAAGCGAGAGUAAGGUUAAGAGAGAGAUCAAGAAGAUGGAAGGAGAGCAUUCAAAGCCGACAAAUAUGCUGGGGGUUUUCAUCUUAUUCACCUGUAUGAAUCGGUUUCUAUGUUCAGUCUAUAGACAUAACACCAUGCAGCAGCUUGAAGUUGCCCCUUGACCAAAUAACUCCUCGACACCACUGUUGUAAAACUCAAUCUUAUAAAUGCCAAUAUCAAUUGUAUACACAAUUAUUAAUUAUUAUUCUCAUCGAUUGUGUUGUAAAA